CAACCAACACCAGGUUAUCCCCAAACAGAACAACCUGGUGGAUAUCCUCAAGGUCAGCCAGGAGGAUAUCCUCAAGGUCAGUCAGGAUAUCCCCAAGGCCAGCCAGGAGGGUACCCCCCUCAAGGUAGCCCAGGGGGUUACCCCCAACAGGGUGGUUACCCAGGACAACAACCCGGGGGAUACCCAGGGGGUCCAGCUAUGAUGAUGCAGCCUACAGCAGGAGGAGCCCCAGUUGGUGGACAAGGGGGAUGGAUCCCUGCCCCUCAACAGGUACCUGUAGACUGUCCCCCAGGGCUACAAUACCUGACCCAGGUUGAUCAACUUAUGGUCAAACAGAAGUUGGAAGCUAUUGAAGCUGUAACAGGAUUUGAGACAAACAAUAAAUAUGAAAUAACUAAUAGUAUGGGACAGAGAAUAUAUCAGGCUGUAGAAGACACUUGUUGCUGUACAAGAAAUUGUUGUGGAGCAUCCAGACCGUUUGAUAUUAAGAUAUUGGAUAAUACACGUAAACAAGUUAUACAUCUGUCUCGACCGUUACGUUGUUCAACCUGUUGGUGUCCAUGUUGUUUACAGAAAGUAACAGUAGAAGCGCCACCUGGUAAAACUGUAGGUUAUGUUCGUCAAGCCUGGAGUUGUUGUAAACCAAAGUUUAAAAUUAACGAUGCCAGUGAUCAAACUAUAUUACGUAUUAAAGGACCAUGUUGUCAGUGGAAUAUCUGUGGUGAUAUAGAUUUUGAUGUAACAUCAGCUGAUGAGAGUACUGAUGUCGGACGUAUUUCGAAACAAUGGACAGGAUUAGCUAAAGAAAUGUUUACAGACGCUGAUAACUUCGGAAUGAGUUUCCCACUGGAUUUAGAUGUUAAAAUAAAAUCUGUUAUGUUAGGAGCUGUAUUCCUUAUUGAUUUUAUGUUUUUUGAGAAAGAUAAAGAUGAUGUAAAAAGUUCUGAAGUUAUUAUUAUUUGUUUUGCAUUUAAUAAAACUGUUUUUGAUUGUACAGUUUGUUAAGAUAAAGUUAUAAAAUAUUAUAUUUGUAAUGAUAUACUGCUGUUGUUGUAUUGCCUUAUUAAAUAACUACUUUCAUUUACUCAUUCAGAGAGUACACAUAGCUUUUAUUGAUUCCCUGAGAAUCUUUAAGAGAGUUCACAUAAUUAUUAUGGAUAGCUUGGGGAUCUUUUUCAAGAUUUUUAACAUCGCAAUCAUGUUGAAGUCUUAUAAAAAGUAAUAUUUUGACUUGCUCAUUCAGAGAGUGCACAUACUUAUUUUGAUUGCUUACAGAGAGUUUACAAUGUUAUCAUAAGGCAAUUUUACAAAAUAAUUUCACAUAGCUCAAAAAUAACUGAAGUAUUUGUUCAGCCUUACAAAAAAUUGACUAUUGCAAAGUAAUUAUUUGUAUAAAUUUUUAAUAUUUUAACCCAUCAUGUGUUUAUUAUGUUAAUACCUGAUGAUAUAUAGAUGUUGAAUAUCACCAGACAGUUAAUAUAUUUUUUACUAGAAGUGCUAACAAGAGUGCCAGAGUUUUGAUGUUGUAAUUUGUUCUGUUUUAAAAUUUCUUAACCCUUUUAACACUACAGGUCAAUCUACCUACUAUAUAAUAAUAUGUUAUAUACCCUAGCAACUGUUAUUAAGUCAGGUCAUAUAAUGUCAGAUACAUUUACUUUAAGUAAUAUUCAUUGAAUUCUAGGGUUUACCAUGUUUUAUUUUAUUUACACUCAGUGUUUAAAGGGUUAAGUUAAUUUUUUGCAUUAAUUCGUGUUUUAUGUAAUAUGCACAAUGUUUCAAUUUGGACCAAAUUUCAUUUUCAAAACAAAGAAACUUGAUAAAAUUUCAUUCACAAGGCCACAAACCAUCUUAUCUUCAAAAUCUAGAUUACCUGUUAUAACGCCAUUCUCAAUGUCAUCUUAACUCCAUGAAUUUUCAGAAUUCUGAUUGGUCAAUAACUAAAUAAUCAACCAAUCACAGACAUCAUAAAAUUCAAAUCUAAGAUGAUGAAGAAUAUGAUUGGUCAAAAAAUAUGAACCAAUCAAAUUUAUUAGCUUUUAUUAUUUUGUUUAUUUUCGAUAGUUUUCUCAAUGUUUUAUUUUUUAAUUCUAUAAUUAAUUCAAGAAGAUUUUAUGUGAAUUUUUUUUUUAUUUGUUAGUUGUAGAAUUUUUCGUUUUUUCUUUUGUCUUGCUUUCUGUUUUAAAUAUUGUAAGUGAUCAACUAUGAUAUAUAUGUAAUUUGUUGAAACAUUGUGUUCAGUACAAUUCUGUUGUAUACCAAUCAAGGUAUGUAACAAUGUAAUUUGUUGAAACGUUGUGGUCUAUAUUUAGAUUCAGUAACUAAACAAACAGUCAUAGUAUAUCAUGAUGUCAAGUGAAAAAUUUCAUGAUUGUUUUUUUCCAAUAAUAAUGUGCUCAAACUAUUUUUAAAUUGGUGUAUUUUUAACAAAUAUUUGAUCUAUUUUCUUGUAUUUCUUGUAUAUUUAGAAAUAUUUUGAUUUUGUUAUAAUGACCUUGGACGUCUACAAUAUACUAAAGAAAUGUGGUCAAAUUAAAAUAUAUUAAGACAGAAGACUUAUAUCACCUCAAUUCAUUUUGAACUAACAUUGGUCUUAAAGGCAAGCAAUUUAUUUAAUAGUUGAUAUAUUUUUUACUUUGUUAUAUUUCUUAAUGAAAAAUCACUGAGAAAACAGACAGUAGCCUAAAGUUAUAACACAGGCAUAGAAAACCUUAAAAAACUUUCACAAAAUAAUAACAUUUAAAUUGUAAGAAAGCAAUUUCAAAAUCAAGAAAUGUCACAAAAGCACAAGCAGAGGACUAAGUAAGUCUUUAAGUAUGAUAUAUAUUAGAAAUUUCUCUCAGAAUUUAUGUAAUGUGCUUGAACUAUUGUUAUAUAACGAAGUUUUAAUUGAUAUUAAACUAUUAAUAAU